AUGGCUAUAGAAUUUUUAUCAUAUUUAUCUAAUGAUUUUUCAUAUUUAUUAGAAAACCCAGAUUUUAAUUCAGACAUUACGAUAGAAGUAACGGGGGAGGAUAAUAGUAUAAAAAUAUUUAAGGCCCAUUCAAUUAUAUUAUAUGCGAGAUCCGAAUAUUUUAAACAAAUCCUAUUAGAAACCAAAGAAGGAAUUAUGAAACGAGACCCAAGUAUGGUUGUCUUACGCAUUACAAAUAUUACGCCGACCGUCUUUUCCAAGAUAUUAAGGUAUAUAUAUACGGGAAUCAUUGAUUUGGAGUCAACUUCGGGGGAGGACACGUUUGGACUGUUGAUUGCAUCUUCAAAGUUACAUUUCCCCGAAGUAGUUUCUUAUGUUCAAGAAUAUCUCGUAGAGAAACAUAAGGCGUGGCUAUUAAAUAACUUUUCCACAGUGGUAAAUAGCAUAUUUAAAUUAGAAUAUUGUCGUAACCUUCAAAAUUUUUGUACAUCAUAUAUAUGUGUUGAGGCUAAUAUAUACCUCAGCACUAGAGAUUCGUUAAAAUUAAAUAAAAGAAUUCUUUCCUUGAUAUUAAAUUUAGAUAAUUUAUAUAUUGAGGAAGAUGAUGUUUGGGAAUUUCUGAUGAGAUGGGGAAUAGAACAUACGAAAGUGUUAUUGUCUAAAAGAGACAUAACAAAAUGGAACGGUGAAGAUAUCGAGGAAUUAAGGAGUACUUUGGAUGGUUUGAUACCAUUGAUUAGAUUCCGAGAGAUCAGUUCAGAUGACUUUUAUGAAAAGAUUAGGCCUUACAAGAUUAUUAUUCCUCAUGAAAUUUACGAGGACAUAAUGGCUUAUCAUUUAAUUGGAGCAGAAACAAAAAUUGGGAUGCCAAGUGGACCAAGGAGAGGAUUUAUUGACUCUGUUAUUAUAAAUUCAAAGCAAGCCGCCAUCGUAUCCAAUUGGAUUGAUGGAGGAAAACCUGAUGAUGAUAUAAAUCUUUUAAUACCAAAGAACAACCCGUACACCUUUUCUUUAAUUUAUAGAGGAAGUCAAGAUGGAUUGAACCUGAAAUCAUUUAGAGAAAAGUAUAAAAAAUUAAAAUGUUCUACAAUCCUUGUAGUUAAAUUAAAGAAUUCUGACAAGAUCAUUGGUGGUUAUAGUAAUUAUUUUUAUUACUUUUCAACUAAUUGUAAUGAUGAAAGUGGAAGUUUUUUAUUCAAUUUCGAUCAGAAUAUUAAAUCUUGUAAAAAGAUUGAUGGGCUUUUCAAGAAUUUAUAUAAUGGGUUAUAUGAUUUUAACACCCAACUUGUGUUUGCACAUGGUGAUUUGACCAUAAAUUUCGAAAAUUUAAGUAUAAAUUGUAAACAAAUUAGUUUUAAAGAAAGAGUGCUAAAACAAGAAUCAGCUUAUCAAGUUGAAGACAUUGAGUUAUUUAGACCGAUUUGGAAAUAA